CCUCUCAGCUCGCUGAUGGGCAUGAUUUGAACGUUUCUCACCGUCAGCCUCCAAACCACUAAGACAGCCAUGUGGGUCCUUUCUUAUCAAGUCCUCGUCCCGUUCAAAACACUGUCCUUUUUCAUUUCCUUUAAGUUCAGCACAUUACCGCUUUCAAAGUCUAUAUAAAGUCCAGCGACAUUCAUCCACGGUUAAUACGUGUGUUGUAUUCUGUUCCCCUCCAAACGACAAGAAACAUGGCUUCGUCAACCGACAUCACGUACCCUACCACAGGAACUCCAACAUCUUCAUCCUCAACUACCAGCCUCCUGCUCCUCCUCCCCCAGGAAAUCCGCGACAUAAUCUACUCCCACGUUCUCCGCGAACCCCACGGUCUCAUUGCCGACAGCUCCGCCUACCCCAACACCCGGACGCGCCUCCUCCCCUUCAACAGCGCCUCGCCCCUCCGCCGCGAAUCCAAUCAACUACGCCUCGUAAACCGGCAGCUGCACCGCGAAACAAGCGGUCUGGGCUUGUACUUCAACGACCUCACCUUCGCCGACACCUGGCGCUACGACACGAACCUCGUCACAGCAUUCGACCACUUUACCCGUUUCGCCAACUCCUGUCCCCCCUACCUCGUCUCGCGCAUCCGUAAAAUUACACUCCUCGAUACAAGCACUUUCAACGCAUGCUACGCCUCCGACGUCCUGAGCUACUCUGCCCAUUUCAAACCUGCUAUUCUUCCGUUCUGCCGCAAAUAUCCACACGCAAAGGUUGUCGUACGGUUAGCGUGGGGGGACGCGACCUUGGCGAAGGAUUAUGUGGCGUGCAUGGAUGCGCUGGCGUGGAAGCUGAGAGGAAUGUCACCGUUGCCACGGAUGGAUGGAAGUGGGCGUGCACACGCAAGGGGGCUGUGCAGGAAGUUUGCUUUUGAGUGUCCCCGGAAUUUGAGGUUUAGCUGUACGACGAAGUUUUAUGAGGAGAAGGCGAGAGAGGAGUUAAGGGGUGGUUGUGAGGGGGUGGGGUUGGAGCAGCUUGUGGGGGUUGUGAGGAGGAUGCAUGAGAGUGGCGUUUGAGGCGUGGUUGGGAGGGUGGGUCUGUACAUUUUUCUGUUCUGGGAGCUAGACGGUUAGGUUCCUCCAACGUGU